GCUGGGCCAACAUGGCAUCUGUGUUUCGAAGCGAGGAGAUGCGUUUGUCCCAAGUGUUUCUCCAGGUGGAGGCUGCAUAUUGCUGCGUAGCUGAGCUGGGAGAGCUUGGCUUGGUUCAGUUCAAAGAUCUAAAUGCAAAUGUGAACAGCUUCCAGAGGAAGUUUGUGAAUGAAGUCCGAAGGUGCGAGUCACUGGAGCGCAUCCUCCGUUUUCUGGAAGAUGAGAUGCAGAACGAGAUUCUAAUCCAGAUGCCUGAGAAGGAGCCAGAAACUCCUCUUCCCCGAGAAAUGAUCACCCUGGAGAGUACUCUAGAGAAACUGGAAGGAGAGCUACAGGAAGCCAACCAGAACCAGCAGGCUUUGAAGAAGAGCUUUUUGGAACUGACAGAACUCAAAUACCUCCUAAAGAAAACCCAGGACUUUUUUGAGACAGAAACCAACUUAGCUGAUGAUUUCUUUGUUGAAGACACUUCAGGUCUCUUGGAGUUAAGAGCCAUACCUGCCUUCAUGACUGGGAAGUUGGGGUUCACAGCUGGCGUGAUACACAGGGAGAGGAUGGCUUCCUUCGAGAGGCUUCUGUGGAGAGUUUGCCGGGGAAAUGUGUACUUGAAGUUCAGCGAGAUGGACACACUUCUGGAGGAUCCCGUGACGAAAGAAGAAAUUAAAAAGAAUAUAUUCAUCAUAUUUUAUCAAGGAGAACAGCUCAGGCUGAAAAUCAAGAAGAUCUGUGACGGGUUUCGCGCCACCAUCUACCCCUGCCCAGAGCCUGCAGCCGAGCGCAAAGAGAUGCUGGCCAGUGUCAACGUGAGGCUGGAAGACUUGAUCACUGUCAUCACCCAGACAGACUCUCACCGGCAGCGCCUACUGCAGGAAGCAGCCACCAACUGGCACUCCUGGGUCAUCAAGGUGCAGAAGAUGAAGGCCGUCUACCACGUCCUGAACAUGUGCAACAUCGACGUCACCCAGCAGUGCAUCAUCGCCGAGAUCUGGUUCCCAGUAGCAGACACCAAGCACAUCAAGAGGGCCCUGGAGCAGGGCAUGGAACUCAGUGGCUCUUCCAUGGUCCCCAUUAUGACAGAAGUGGAGACUAAAACAGACCCUCCCACCUUCAACAGGACCAAUAAGUUUACAGCUGGCUUUCAGAACAUUGUCGAUGCGUAUGGUGUAAGCAGCUACAGAGAGAUCAACCCAGGGGUCACAAUGCUGAUCUGGAACACCUUCUUCAAUGGGCGUUACCUGAUCCUGCUCAUGGGCGUAUUCUCCAUCUACACCGGCUUGAUCUACAAUGACUGCUUCUCCAAAUCUUUUAACAUCUUUGGUUCCUCUUGGAGCGUCCAGCCUAUGUUCAGAAAUGGCACGUGGAAUGCUCAUGUCAUGGAAAAGAGUCAGUAUUUGCAGCUGGACCCGGCCAUCCCAGGAGUGUAUUCUGGAAAUCCCUACCCGUUUGGGAUUGAUCCGAUUUGGAACCUGGCUUCAAACAAACUCACAUUUUUAAACUCCUAUAAGAUGAAGAUGUCAGUCAUCCUGGGCAUCAUUCAGAUGACUUUUGGUGUUAUUCUCAGCCUCUUCAAUCACAUUUACUUCAGAAGAACCCUCAACAUCAUUCUGCAGUUCAUCCCCGAGAUGAUUUUUAUGCUGAGCCUGUUUGGAUACCUGGUUUUCAUGAUCAUUUUCAAGUGGUGCCGGUACGAUGCCCACACAUCCCAGAAGGCUCCCAGCAUCCUCAUCCACUUCAUCAGCAUGUUUUUGUUUGACUACGAUGAUUCCAAUGCACCCCUGUACAGCCAUCAGCAAGAAGUCCAAACUUUCUUUGUCAUUAUAGCGUUGGUCUCUGUGCCGUGGAUGCUCCUGAUUAAGCCAUUUAUUCUCAGAGCCCAACACCAGAAAUCUCAGCUGCAGUCUUUCACAAUCCACGAGGAUGACAUUGAAGGUGGCCACUCAAGCACCUCUGCUCAGAAGAAGACCUCAGGCGCCCACGGGACUAAGGAUGGCCACGAGGAGGAGUUCAACUUUGGAGACAUCUUUGUCCACCAGGCCAUCCAUACCAUUGAGUACUGUCUAGGCUGUAUCUCCAACACAGCCUCGUACCUUCGGCUCUGGGCCCUCAGCUUGGCUCAUGCAGAGCUGUCCGAGGUGCUCUGGACCAUGGUGAUGAACAUCGGCCUCCGCCUUCGGGGCUGGGGAGGGCUCAUUGGGGUCUUCAUCAUCUUUGCCGUCUUCGCCGUCCUGACGGUCGCCAUCCUCCUCAUCAUGGAGGGGCUCUCGGCCUUUCUGCAUGCCCUCCGGCUGCAUUGGGUGGAGUUCCAGAACAAGUUCUAUGAGGGGGCUGGCUCCAAGUUCUCCCCAUUCUCCUUCAAACACGUCCUGGAAGGGACCGAGGAAUAGGCUGGUGCCACCUGAAGGAGUUCACUCUUGUCUCUGGUGUCCGCCCAGGCCAGGUGUCCCAGAAGCAGCCCUGUUGGCUCCCUGAAGUGUGAAGCUGUGUGAGGCAUGGGAUUCGGCAGGAUUUAACCGCGUAACCGAGGGGCUGCUUUUUGCUUGAUCAAAUGCCAAAAUAACUGGGAAACGGGAGUGGGCACUAGACCACUGUCUUGUAAUAGUUUAUUUUUGUUUUACUGUCUAUCUGGUUUGAGACAAGGUCUCAUGAGCUCUAACCAUCCUGGAAAUAGCUACGUAGCCAAGGAUGGCUUUGAACUCCGGCUCCUCCUGCCUCCACUUUGUUGAGACGACAGGUACGGGCCACCACACCUGGAUCCCCCGCAAUAUUUCAAGGAUUAGAAUCACGAAAAUAAACGUCUGCUCUGUUCACUGUU